GCAAAGCUCCGGACGAAACAAAACGAUUCGCGCUCGUCAGUUUACUCUCAGUCUCGACUAAAGCAACUUCUCAGACAAUUGAUAAAUAAUUUAAGGAAAAAAUAUAUUAUAUUCAACUAAUCGUGCGUGUCGUGAAAAGUUUUUUCUGUUCAAAAGACUUUACUUCACCUAUUCCAAGACAUCAAUUUACUACAAUGUCUGAAAGCAAGACUCUGGAAGCUGGUCAGCAACUAGUUAAGAAAACCAUGGAUGAGUUAAUCCAACAAAAACAAACAACUGAAAAAGUAACAAUCCAGGCUAGACAAGAGUUCCGUGAACACUACCAAGAAAGUUACGAGGAAGAAUUUGAGGAGGAAACUUUUAUUGAUCAAUACGGAAAUGAAACUACGAAGAGAGUAGAGUCUAGCAGCGAAAGCAAGGAACAUUCUAGAAGCGCUGACGUUAAAGUAAAGGCAACUGGACUGAAUGCAGCACAAGUGAAAGCCCUAACAGACUGCGCAAACGAAGCCGGGCAAUUGGCACUUGACUCCAAGCCUGCCAACUAAACAAUGUGUCCUUUGAAUGUGCGUGAGGUGUUCUCAAAAAGUGAUAAAGACUGUUUCCAGUGUUCCUUACUAUAUAUUAUCUAUAUAAAAUUAAGUUUAAAUUUGUAAUACAUGCAAUAAAUAUAUUAAAAAGAAAAAUGGUUUAUUAAA